AUGUUCAAGCGCCUGGCGAGCGCGCGCGGCUCAAAGGACCGCGUCGUGCACUUCACCGUCACCGUCCACGCCCUCGAGCCGUGGAUCGGUGUUGGCGUCACGGGCGUCGCGAGCGAACGCAUCGCUCUCGGUUGGGAACGUGGCGCGAAUCGACGCGGUACGACAUCCGUGAGCGACCCGACGCCGUUAGAUGACUACGGAAGAGCGUCCCGAUACACCUUCGAGGAAGAGAUCGCGAUCGAUGCCACGGUACAAAAGGGACGGGUGAAGGCUUUGCGAUUCUUCGUCUUGGCGAUUCCGAGCGGGACGGCGCUGGGCGGCGCGGUGGAGACGCGAGUGGUUGGUGGAUGCGACGUGGAUCUCGCGAAGUUUACGGAUGCGAACGAUGGAAGGGGUGUGACUUUGGAGGUUGGGUGCGGAGACGACGUGCGAGCGGCGGUCGGGGCGCCGCGAUUGACGAUUACGGUGCGCGCGCGGGUCGCGGAUGGAAAUAUGGAGAUCGAGCCGCAUACGCCAGAGGUGAAUCGCGGCCGCGUGGCGGCGCAGUCGUGGGCAGCCUCAGGGAGGUUUCGCGAUGAGGAGUCGGUGAGCGAUCAGUCCACCGAGCAGGCGGCGGCAUUCACGAAGGCGGCGAGCAUGUUUAAAAAGCGCGAACCGAAGCACGAGGAGUCGUCGGCAAUCGAAGCGCCAAGAGCGCUGAACAUCGAGAACGAACCUCAGAUGAGCGCCUCUGGAAACGAGAUCGUGCCCGCGGUGCCGGUGACGACCGCGACGCGGGAGAGCGCGCCCUCUGGAGAACCUGACGGUGACCCAGAAUUAGAGUCCGCUCGCCUCGAGUUGUUUGGCGUUCGCGAGGCACAGUCGCCAGUAACGCCAACUCCCAAGGGCGAUGUCGACUCCGAUGGUUUCCUUCUGGACUCAGAUCUCGAGAGCGACGGUGAAGACGACGAGCAUAUCAUCAUGGAAUUCACUCCGACUCCGCUGAAAGAUAAAGCGACAGAGGAUUUCGAGCGAGCCGCGGAGGAAGAGGCGCUUCGUGUCGAAGCAGAGCGCGUUGCAGCCGAAGAAGCCCGCAUGCAGGUGGAGGAAGAUGCGGCGGUGGCUCGUAUCGAAGCGGAACGUCUCGCGCUAGAAGAAGAGGAACGAAAACGCAUCGAAGAGGCCAGAUUAGCGACUAUUCGCAUCGAAGAAGAGCGACUCCGCCUGGAGGAAGAGGAACGUCUUGCACGAGUCGAAUUUGAACGAGCACAGGCUGAGGAAGAGGCAAGACGGCUCGCAGAAGAAGACGCGAUUGCGGCGGCCCUAGAGGAAGAGAAAGUGCGCGCCGAGGAAGAGCGACAGUGGGAGAUAGAAGCGGCGGUGGCGGCGGCGCGCGUAGAUGAGUUGGAGCGGCAGGCAGAACUCGCACGAAUGGCAGAGGAAGAUGCUGUUCGCAAAGCUGAAGAGGAAGCGCGACUGAGAGCCGAAGAAGAUGCUGUUCGCAAAGCUGAAGAGGAAGCGCGACUGAGAGCCGAAGAAGAUGCUGUUCGCAAAGCUGAAGAGGAAGCGCGACUGAGAGCCGAAGAAGAUGCUGUUCGCAAAGCUGAAGAGGAAGCGCGACUGAGAGCCGAGGAGGAAGCUCGUCACCGAGAUGAAGAGGAGGCGCGCUUGAGAGCGUCAGCUGCCGAGGAAGAGGUCAUGCGAGCCGCAGAGCAAGCGGCCGCUCAAGAGGCUGCAGCGGCGGCGCAGGCGGCCCUUGUAGAACAAGAGCGUGUGCGCGCUGAAGAAGCGCUGUGCGCGGCUCGAGAGGCAGAAGAGCUUCUCAGAUUGGAAGAAGAGGAGACCCUCCGAGUGGCGCAGUUGGAAGCGAGAUUGCAAGAAGAACGUGAGUUGGAAGCGAGAUUGCAAGAAGAACGUGAGUUGCAAGCGGCAGAAAGUGUGCGAACGGCGUCGAUGCCUGAUGUGGACGUUUACGCUGAGGAACCGAUCCCUGAAGAUGCGGCUGAGGUAUUGUUUUCGGGCUCGCCCUCAGCUCAGUCUGUUGGUUUCAGCACUCCGAUGGCGCACUGUGACGACGCGUUCUAUACACCUGGGACGCACCGCACUCGUUUCGCGGAUUCAGUCGCUAAACCGACUCGCAACCGUGAACUGGAGGAUGAGGUCAUCAGUAUGUCUCUCUGCGACAUCCUCAUCCACAGCGCGGCGAUGGACUCUGGUUUUACCACCGCUCUUGGCCUCAGCGAACGUAUCGCAUCUGUGCGAUCUACACAAGGUUUGGAGGGUUCACAACUCGAGUUCCGUCGGAUUAUGGAUUCGUUUGGAGUAGCAAUCAAGGGCGCACUGAGCAAUCCUUCGAGAUCGGUGUUUUUGGCCACUCAGCUUAUCGCCCUGAGAGUCUGUCUCGCGAACAUGGAUGAUAUCGAUACUCGCGAUCUGAUCGAACUCGAGAUUGUCGCGCGGAAUUCAGCGUUUGAGACGCUGUGGACACAGACUUUCGGUUCACUGCUCGCUCCGUCCGACGCCACGCUCAAGCUGUUGGGCCUGAGUUCGCUCCCGAAUGGUGACGGCGAACGCAUCGGCCGCGCGUGGGCUGUGAUGUUUCAGUUCGCCAAGGUUCGACUCGGUGUUGAUUUGGUGACGAAUGCGCGCGGCACGCCGAAUGGUGCAAAGCCACUGACACAACAGCUUCAGAGAGAGAUUCUCAAGAAUCUGAUGUUGAGACUCGAUAAAUCGGUCUUAGACGUUUUGCUCAAGCCGACGGAGGACGAAAAGGUGAACGCGAUGCUCCCCGGCCGAGGUGCGCUGACGUUUGCAACAGGUGCUGAGUUAAAGCGAGCGAUUUCCGCGCUCGUCGGUAUCGUCACCGAACUCAACCUCGGUACGGGUCCCGACUCGGUCACUCCCAAACUCCGAGCAGCGGCGGAUGUGUGCAUGAUUCCCAAGGACGCACUGACAGACCCUCAGCUUCGCGCGGAUAUCUUGUGCGGCAAGCUGAGCGGCGAAGAACUUUCAGGAAUCGUCAUUCGUUUCCGCCCGGAUGAUUUCGCACCGCAGCCCGUGGACCAGUCCGUCAUCAACGCCGUCGUCGCCGCCGCGGCAAGCGAACACACCGAGUUCGAUCCGUCUGGCGUCGAGCCGUGCGUGCCGGUGAGCACACAAGACGCGCCUUGGGUCGCCAACUUGGCGAGCGCGCUCGCGGCGUCCGAUGGCUCGACGGUCGACGUCGCCAUGCUCCCGGGUUUCAGCGCCCACGCCUCCAGAUGGUCCCUCGUCGCUGAAUCCCUCGCACGAUAG